GUCACGCGAAUGCGUUCUGACGUCAGCAGAGUCUCCUCCCACUCGCGGAGCGCGCACAUUCCUUUUGUCCAAGAUGGCGGAGUAGAUGCAGCCGAGGCGACGCUAAUGUUUGUAGUUUUAUUUUUAUCGGUGAAAUUCAACAUCCAGACGAAUAUUUUUCCGUGCAAACGUUAGUUAAAGUCCUCCUCACGGAUGUGCAAAAUCUCCUGGAGCCGUGAGAUUUCACCUCGGAGCUGAUUUUAUAUUUUUGCUGGGGGAGCAUCACUGUAAAAUGAAGCGGCAGGCCGAGCGCGACGCGAGUCCGUCCAGAGCGCUCACCAAACGCGUCCGCGAGCGAGACCGAGAGCGCGAACCGAACCCGCCGCUCGCGCUUCUGCUUGCAGAGAGCCGAAACUAUCAUAAACGAAGCCGCAGCCGAGAGCGGGAAAAACCGCGGGUCCGUGAGGAGAGAGAGAGUCUGCAUCACCGCCCGCAUCAUGAACUGGGUCUGCUGGGUCGAGCCCCCCUCCGAACCACCUCAGUCCUGCCUAAAGGUAAGACACCAUCCACAGAAACAGUGGGAACGCGACUAGAAUACAAGACACUACUUAUCAGCAACCUUGGAUCUCAGCUUUCUGAUGAACAUGUGGAGGACGGACUGUUUCAUGAGUUUAAAAAGUUUGGAGAUGUGAGCGUCAAGCUUUCUCAUACGCCUGAACUGGGUCGCAUCGCCUAUGUCAACUUCAGACACACGGAAACUGCACGGGAAGCACGUCAUGCCAAAACCAGGUUGGUGCUAUAUGAUCGUCCACUCAAAGUUGAACCCAUGUAUAUGCGGCGCCGCAGUGUCACUCCUCCAGAUGUUAGCUAUGUAUCUCUGCACAGUGCUGCCUACACCUACAGACAGCGGUCCCUGUCACCAGGUGCCGGGGGUAGCGCCCUUCGAGAAAUGAGACCUAGGCACUACGUUGAUGGCAUGGGACUCAGCAGGGACCGUGUUUUGGACUAUUACAGCGCUUUGGAGGAGAGGAGCCGCGCAUAUGCAUAUCAGCUUCCCGAGGAGGACUUAAAACCAGAGGAUGAUCAGAGAGCCACAAGGAACUUGUUCAUCGGCAACUUGGAUCAUAAUAUUUCUGAGGUGGAACUACGACAAGGAUUUGACAAGUAUGGAAUUAUUGAAGAAGUCGUUAUCAAGCGCCCCGCUCGUGGACAAGGGGGCGCGUAUGCUUUUCUUAAAUUUCAGAACUUGGAUAUGGCUCACCGGGCUAAAGUGGCCAUGCAGGGACGCAUGAUUAACGGCAACCCGAUUAAGAUUGGAUACGGGAAAGCCAAUCCGACGACUCGGCUCUGGGUGGGCGGACUUGGCCCGAAUACAUCGCUGGCUGCUUUAGCCCGUGAGUUUGAUCGCUUUGGGAGUAUUCGCACCAUUGACUAUGUGAAAGGAGAUAAUUUUGCUUACAUUCAUUAUGAAAGCCUGGAUGCAGCCCAGGCCGCUUGCGCGCAAAUGCGUGGCUUUCCUCUGGGCGGUCCGAACCGUAGGCUACGUGUGGAUUUUGCUAAGGCAGAGGAGACGAGGGCAUACCCUCAACAGUACCAGCCGCCUUUGCUCCCGCCUCCACAUUAUGAUAUUCUCGCUGAUGGUUACGGACGCCACCGCAGCCUAGAGAGAGAGCUAAGAGCGAGAGCCCGCUCGCCAUCGCACCCUCUGUUCGCCGAGCGAGAAAGAGAGCGCCUUUCGGACCGGGACUGGAGUCCGCCGAAAGGACUAGAGCGGCGGGCAAACCCGGAAGCGUUUGGGCGGGUCAGGCAGCGCAGCCGCAGUCGUAGCCGCAGCAGGGAGCGCUGGGUGAAGGAGCGAGACCUAGAACGUGGGCUGGGGAAAAACUGGGAGGAGCGGCGCAAGCGAAGGAGCCUCAGCCCCAAUGACCGUCCCACCGAGGAGCGUGGAAGGUCAAAGCUCAGAGGAGGGGCGCCAUCCACUCCUGAAGACAGCCCGGACCGGGGCCGCGGCCGUCUUCCGGACUCCACCUCAGAACCCCUCGAUCACACGCCUGACAUCAGCAGACAUUCCAGCGACGAACGUCCUGCACAGGACGAAUCUUUGCAUCCGAGGAAGGAUGAGCGUGAUCGCAACCACCGCAAAAGUGAGAGCGACCCCGACUCGCAGACGGACAAGUCCAAAACGGACUCCAAAAAGCCCAGCACGCUCUCCGAAUAUGCCCAGACGUUGAGUCGCGUGUGGCACGGUUCUCUCGUUCUUAAGAACAGCUGCUUCCCCACAAACAUGCACAUGCUCGAGGGAGGCGCGAGCUUUCUCCAAUCCCUCAUGAGAGACAACCAAGCAGGUGGCUCCAAGAUCACACAGCUUAAAAUUGCUCAGCGGCUGAGGUUGGAUCAGCCCAAACUGGAUGAGGUGACGCGUCGCAUUAAACUAGGCAGCCCGGACAGCUACGCUGUGCUCCUCGCCGUCCAGGGGCCCAUGGACCGCGACGCCCCUCCUCCAGAACCAGGCCUUCAGCAGCGCCUUCUCCGCAACCUGGUGACGUACCUCAGGAACAAGCAGGCAGCAGGGGUCAUCGGCUUGCCCCUCGGCGGCCCCAAAGAGAGAGAAAUGGGGGGCAUGCUGUACGCCUUCCCACCAUGUGACUUCUCACAACAGUAUCUCCAGACUGCUCUGAAAACUCUUGGCAAACUUGAGGAGGAACACCUGGUCAUCGUGGUUGUUAAAGACUCACCUUAACACUUCAAUUCCAACUCUCUAAGAACUUUCCACACAGAUUUUAUGCCUUUUAUGAUUUUAGGAUGGAUGUACCUUUUUAUUUUAAUACUUCCACACAGUCCACAUGAUCAUUCCCUUCUUAAAAUGUUUUGAAAUUGAAUAGCAUCCCAGAGAAGUUGUUUUAUAAACGUACAAAUGAGGGGUUUUUUUUCAUUAUUUCUCUCAGCUGUGUUCAAAAUUGUAUCCUACUUAAAAAUGUGUUUUAUAUAUUUGCAUGCACAAAGCAAUUUAACUGAAGCUUCCUUCCGGUGGCUCGCUAAAAUAGGUGCAAAACAUACUGGGCCUCAAACAGAAUGAAUUGGUGUAAAUUGUUUGUAAAUGCGUUUGUUUUGGAAUUGUAGCAUUCAAUUCACUCUAACAGUUUACGUAAAAAAAUGUUUAUGAAAUGUCAAUUUCUGUUGACCGGAAUUCAAGUAUGAUAUUUUGUUUGUGGCUUUUUACUCCGUAACGCAUUCAGUAACAGGUCUUCGCUCCCAUAUUACAUCCACUGUCUGUUUCACAACAAUCAGAUUAAGGCCCUAAAAUGAUUUUCAGAAAUGAAACGGUGCUUGACGAGGCAGCGUGUUCGGUUCAGAUGAGGCGUUUGUGUCAUAAUGUUGGCUUCUACCUCUUUAACCAUGUAACACAUCAGGUAUGUUUGACAAAAUGAAGACAGUCUUUGAGCCCAUUGCAUUUUUAUUGUAUGUUGUUUUAAAUAUGCACCUGCAGCACUAACAGAAAGGUCAUGUGACUAUACAUGUUACUUACUGAAUGAGUACUGUACUGAUCCAAACACACUAAUGUUUUAAACAUUACGAACACUACGGUUUAAGCUCGUGCUUGUUUGUACACAGUAACGUCUUUUUAAGCAUUAGUAGUGUUUCAUCUGCCCUCCACUGAAUGACUAUUUGCCAAGUCAUUUAAAGCAACACACAUCUAAAAGUGCUGUUAUGAGAGGUGUUUUUGUUUUUUUUUCUUUUUUUUCAUGUCAAGUGAUCUGAAUUUCAUAAUAAUGUAUAAACCUGAAACAAGUGUUAUUUUUAGAUUUUAGUUAAUAAUGAUGGGGUUUGAAGGUCCACCUGCCAACACUACAACAAUUUGCACUGAACAGUAAUUUUCCAUGGUUUAUUUUUAAUCAUAUUCUUUUGUUUUACAUCUCUUUUAACACUCCUUUUUGUAAUACUUUUAUAGGAAAGUCUUUUUUCUGUCUGUAUGCAAAACCUGUAUGAGUAUAAAAAAGUAAACAUUUCAUGUGCUUGUUUUUAAA